CAAGUUUGAGGUAAGAUUUUCCCAAAUGCCUGUCAGCCAAACCUGUGCAGCGACCGAAUCGGAGACCGAAGGGUGCCAGCCGACGAUGCCGAUGAAGUCCCACACUUCGAAGCCAAGAUCCGGGAAGCGUUCGAUGGGGGUCAAGACUGUUAUGAAGGCUUUGAAAAAGGGUGGGGCAUCACGUGGCCGGAAGCCCAAUCAGUCAAGCAAAGGGUUUGUUUGGUGCGCCCGUGGGGUUCAAAGGCUGCCCAAAUUUGGAACUGCCACUGUCAAAUCGAAGCAGUCCUUGUUUGUGACGCCUGUGCGCAUGGAGCUUACCAAAGUUGCCAAGCUCAACUUGAAGGUGGUUGCCCCCAGUUCUUCAUGCAGCAGGCGUGUGAGCAAGAAUGGCAGGAAGAGGAAAUCUCCAGAUUUUUGUGGAGAUCGAUCGUUUCAAUCCUGGAGUUCCAUUCGUGUUUUUUCUGCGACUACCCGUACUAGUGACAAACCUUCGCAGCGUGGAAUUUGGGACUUUGCCAACCAAGUCCGCUACAGCUGUGACUACAUCGAUGCCUGUAAGAAGUUCAACCAAAAGCCAGGGAGAUUUCUGAACCCUCUGGCUGGAGAAUUCUUCUCAGGCUUGCCCUCGGGCUGGACGUCGGCAAAUGCUGGCGCUGUGAACAAGGAGAAGUUCUUCAAGCAAUUUCCAGACAUGCAGCCAAACGCAAACCAGGGCUCCAAGAUUGGAGUGAUCGCUAUGUUUGCCGGCUGCGGAGGAUUGGAGCUUGGCUUGAGCAGAUACUUGUACCCGACUGCGUAUGUUGAGAAGUCGGACUAUUGCAGAAAGAUCUUGCAAUUGCGAAUGGAUGAGGGGUUACUGCACCGGGCAGAAAUCCAUCCGGAUGUUUGCACGUUUGAUGCUUCCAAGUCUUCCGCUGACGGAGCGGGAGGAGGAUUUCCUUGCCAGGGAGUCUCCACGGCCUCCAUCCAGAAAGGCUUGAAGGACCGGCGGACUCAACUGGUGACGCACAUCUUCCGCGUGUUUGACACCCUGCCGUCCCAACACCAGCGAUUCCUCUACUUUGAGAACGUGAAAGCGAUCUUGGGGAAGAAACAGAGCAUGCGAUCUCUGUUCAACUACAUCGUGCAGGCCUGGUUUUAGAAUGAAGUGAAGGCCGCGCACAAGUUCAACGCGCAGGAAACUUCUGGGCGCUCACCGGGAUCGGGUGUUCUUUUUUGGUGCCAAGCCAAAUGAUCCCAUCGUGAAGGCGUUGCGGGUGGAGCCCCUUGCAAGUCUCUUGGAGAAGCCCAGUGUGUGGAACGAGCUGAAUAAGGUCCCGCAGCAUUUGUGGCUGUCGGAGGAGCAGCCGUGUGACCACAAUGAGAGGAUGGGUGUGCUAGGCAAUUUGGUUGUGCCUGCUUGCGCACGAUUGGGGGCUUGUGUGGCGUUGGGCAUGGCUAUCUCUAACGCGCCUGCUCCAUAGACGUCGCUAGCUUUUUCAUAAUUAGAAGUGUCAUGCAGACUCGAGUCAGCCAACCAAUUCAAUUAGCCACGCGUCAGCGAUUGGCGUGUGGUCUUGGAGACUGC